AUGCACUUGACAUCAACAGUUUACAAAGCCGAUUACUGUGAUAUCAAGAACUACUGUAAUCAGCCCCUAUCUUCCUUUCAUACAACCUACUGUAACGAUAACAACAAAAACACGCCAUCAUUUGAAUACAACCCCCAAUUCGACGACUACCUAGAACAGAGUGACUACAUAGAUCAAACUCAACCAGCCGACUGGUCCGACCUCGAUUGGACCGCCGAUUACGAACUGGAUCGCUGCAGUCAGCCGGGAUCGCAAGGCCAUAAGAUCGGCCACUGCGAACACACAAGUUACACUCAAGCACGCUGCUCUUGGGGCUACGAACGUCGAGGUUCGUUGUAUAGUCAGAACAGCCAAGAGUCGACCAGUUGGUCACCAAUAAACAACAUAGCUGACAGUCAAAGAAGGCAGUCACCGUACCUUGUGAGUGUAAGUUUUUUAUAUAUUAUACUUUCUUAUAUUGUCUGGGGGGCACCUCCUUUAUUAUCUUCUUCAUCCAUUGUUCAUCAUUUGAAGUCAACAUCGGCUAUGCACUGUUCCACUUCUUCUCUGUACGUACACGAAAUAUAAGUACGUACGGCCACAAAAGUGCAACAUACUAUAUUUACGUCCAGUCUAAAAAUAGCAACUUUUUACCCAAACUGACGUGUAUUUUGUAACGUAAGCCGAACGUGCUCCAAGCCUCUGAUUAGCAUUAAUACCAACACGUGUAGACCGCCACUGCAAGCGAUACCUAAUUAUAGACCCCGUCUGGACCACGGGAUUAACAAACACGCACAACACUGGUCAAUUACCAAAGACGUAGUAUUAGCCGGCCAAUAAAAAGUGACCUGUCUGAUGUGUUAGCGAGUAACAUAUUAAAUUCGAAACGGUCGGAAGUAAUAAGUCGGGACGGUUUUAGGUAACAAGUCAAAAGGGUGACAUAGCUGAUUGAGCAGUCGUUUAGUCUGGUCAUUUAGCAGUGAACAUUGUGCUGGUUUAGUCAUUUUUUUAACUGCGUUAAGCCUAGUCAUUUUCAUUGAGCUGUGUUUUAGUCUGGUCAUUUUUUUUAAACUGAGAAUUAGUCUGGUUAUCGAAAUGAGGUUUAGAGUCGCCACUUUAAAAAAAAUUUUUUGCGCGAAGGGCUACGGUAACAGCAUAGUUACGACAAAAUUACUGUGGACAUUAGUAUAAGGGUUUUUCUUAUUAUUAUAGCAACAUUAUACAGUGGAACUCCAGUAUAACGAAUCGCUCGGGUAAUUGAAAUAUGUUUGUUAUAAUGGGGUUUCGUUAUACAAGAGUUUUAAAUGCACUGUAUAGUAACAGAAGGAGAUUUAAAAGUUGUUCGUUAUAUAUGAUUUUUGUUACACAGGAGUUCCACUGUAUUACGUUGUUCAAAUAAUUUUGUGCCUUCUAUUAAAGCAAAUGUUUAAGAUUAGGGGGUGCAAAAUUAGUUAAACAACAUAAUAGCAAGAAAAAAAAUUAUAGUAACAACUAUGUCAUUUUGCAUUGCAAAAAGAUUGAUGAUUGGUCAGUUUUGCAAACAUUUCGCUUUUGUUGUUUGAGUUUUAUAGAUUAAUCUUUUUGUACACCUACUUAUCCAUUGAGUAUCAGAUUUUUAUACCUAUAUUUACAAGGUUUUACUUGUUUGAGAAACAUUUUUUAUGAUACUUUACUUUGCUAGUUAUACGGUAAAUAAUAAGAAUGUUUACAGUAUCGACAGUACAAACAAAGAGCGGCAGCACCUCGUCGAGCUCCGUUCCAGCGCCAGCCUGCUGUGGAGAUGGAGGAGCUGAAAACCCCCAGUCCAGAGAAUGCCUACGGUAAGCUUACGUUACUCUUUAAAAUAUUUGUCAAGAUAUAUUGCCGAGACAUUCGUUGUGUUUUAAUAUUUAAGUAUCAAUAUUAAUAUUAUAUCAUAGUAACUUUAUAAACUGUAUUAGUAACGCUAUAAAUUGCAAAUUACUCUAUAAACUUACGCUUUCUCUCAAUAUGCUUUUCCGUUAUAACUUAUGCAAAUCCGACGUUUCUAUAAGAAACUCUAUAUAGAAUAA